ACGUAAAUAUUGUCUGCUAAACUUGACCACAAACAAAAAUUGGAUUAUAGAACUUGAGGAAGCCUAGUUAUGGUGAAAUUUCUUUCUGUUAUUUAGUGCCUAGUAGUUUCAAAAUUAUUGUAACUUAAAAUCAAUUAUAUAUAUCGUUUUGAAGUAUUAUUUAACAAUUAUUAUUCAGGCUUUACUUGUUUUAUCUCAAAUUUCUGUCAUUAAUAUGCCAGGAGGCGACCAAGAAAUUAUCAAACGGCAAAAAACUGAUAUGUACUCUUCCUCAGUAUCUGCCUGGGCCGUUCAGGUGGCAACCAAUGUAACGAUACAGAAGCAUCAUGUAUCCAGAGACAAGCGAGGGCAGGUACUUGGCAACAUCCGAGGCUUCCGAGGUUGCACUGUCUGGUUCACAGGGCUGUCUGGUGCUGGAAAGACCUCAAUAUCAUUCGAGCUAGAAGCUUAUCUGGUGGCACGUGGUGUACCUGCCUAUGGACUUGAUGGAGACAACAUCCGGACUGGCCUCAACAGAAACCUGGGUUUCAGCAAAGAGGACCGGGAGGAGAACAUCCGUCGGGUGGCCGAAGUGGCCAGACUGUUCGCUGACAGUGGUGUGGUAGCACUGUGUAGCUUUGUUUCACCGUUCUCUCAGGAUCGAGAAAUGGCUCGAAAGAUUCACCGGGAGAAUGAUUUACCUUUCUUUGAAGUGUUUGUUGACACCCCUCUCAACGUUUGUGAGCAGAGAGAUGUUAAAGGGCUAUACAAAAAAGCUCGUCAGGGUUCCAUAAAAGGAUUCACUGGAGUGGAUCAGCCAUAUGAGAAGCCUGAGGUUCCCGACCUAGUCGUGAAAACUGUCAACUCCACCAUUGAGGAGAGUUGCCUGCAAGUUGUUCAGUUGCUGGAAGAAAAUGGUAUAAUCCCAGUAAACAUCCGGCAGAAUGACACAGUGGUAGAGUUGUUUGUGCCUGAGAACCGAGUGUCAUCUGCUAUAGAGGAAGCCUCACACUUACCUUCACUGGCCAUUUCCACUGUUGAUCUUCAGUGGGUCCAGGUACUGGCCGAGGGCUGGGCCAGGCCUCUUCAGGGGUUCAUGACUGAAGAUCAGUUCCUGCAGAGUAUCCACUUCAAUACGGUGGGAGAUGACACAAGUCAGUCGGUGGCUAUUGUGCUGCCAGUGACUACAGAAGACAAGGAGAGACUGAGCGACGUGUCUGCCUUCACACUGAAGUACGAAGGGAGAGCCGUAGCGAUACUGCGGCAGCCACAGUUCUAUGCUCACCGUAAGGAGGAGAGGGUAGCCCGCCAGUUCGGCACCACCCACACCAGUCAUCCAUCCAUCAAGGCUAUCUAUGAGAGUGGAGACUGGCUAGUAGGAGGAGAGCUGGAGGUUUUGGAGCGGAUUCGUUGGAACGAUGGUCUGGACCAGUACAGAUUAUCGCCCAAUGAACUAAAAGCCAGGUUCAAAAAAAUGGGUGCUGACGCAGUGUUUGCCUUUCAACUACGCAACCCUAUUCAUAAUGGCCAUGCUCUCCUUAUGCAAGACACUAAGAAACGCUUGCUGGAGAGAGGUUACAAGAAUCCUGUGCUGUUGCUGCACCCUCUGGGCGGGUGGACUAAGGAUGAUGAUGUUCCUCUACCCACAAGGAUUGAACAGCAUGCAGCUGUCUUUAAUGAUGGGGUUCUAGAUCCCAAGUCUACAGUUCUGGCAAUCUUUCCUUCUCCCAUGCUGUACGCGGGACCUACAGAGGUACAAUGGCACGCCAAAGCCCGCAUGACAGCAGGAGCCAACUUCUACAUUGUGGGGAGGGACCCAGCUGGACUACCUCACCCUGACCCUGAGGUCAAGGGUGACCUCUAUGAUGGCACUCACGGAGGGCGAGUGCUAUCCAUGGCUCCUGGCCUUGCAGACCUUGAAAUAAUUCCAUUCAGGGUGGCAGCUUAUGAUAAAACUAAAAAGAAGAUGGACUUCUUUGAUCCUAAAAGAAAAGAUGAUUUUGAAUUCAUAUCUGGUACAAAAAUGAGAGGGCUGGCAAAGUCAGGGACUCUCCCUCCUGAUGGGUUUAUGGCACCCUCAGCAUGGAAGGUGCUAGCCAACUACUACAAGUCACUCCAGUCUAAAUAGACUGAUGGUGUUGUUUGUUUACAGGGCUGGCAAAGUCAGGGACUCUCCCUCCUGAUGGGUUUAUGGCACCCUCAGCAUGGAAGGUGUUAGCCAACUACUACAAGUCACUCCAGUCUAAAUAGACUGAUGGUGUUGUUUGUUUACAGGGCUGGCAAAGUCAGGGACUCUCCCUCCUGAUGGGUUUAUGGCACCCUCAGCAUGGAAGGUGUUAGCCAACUACUACAAGUCACUCCAGUCUAAAUAGACUGAUGGUGUUGUUUGUUUACAGGGCUGGCAAAGUCAGGGACUCUCCCUCCUGAUGGGUUUAUGGCACCCUCAGCAUGGAAGGUGUUAGCCAACUACUACAAGUCACUCCAGUCUAAAUAGACUGAUGGUGUUGUUUGUUUACAGGGCUGGCAAAGUCAGGGACUCUCCCUCCUGAUGGGUUUAUGGCACCCUCAGCAUGGAAGGUGUUAGCCAACUACUACAAGUCACUCCAGUCUAAAUAGACUGAUGGUGUUGUUUGUUUACAGGGCUGGCAAAGUCAGGGACUCUCCCUCCUGAUGGGUUUAUGGCACCCUCAGCAUGGAAGGUGUUAGCCAACUACUACAAGUCACUCCAGUCUAAAUAGACUGAUGGUGUUGUUUGUUUACAGGGCUGGAAAAGUCAGGGACUCUCCCUCCUGAUGGGUUUAUGGCACCCUCAGCAUGGAAGGUGUUAGCCAACUACUACAAGUCACUCCAGUCUAAAUAGACUGAUGGUGUUGUUUGUUUACAGGGCUGGCAAAGUCAGGGACUCUCCCUCCUGAUGGGUUUAUGGCACCCUCAGCAUGGAAGGUGUUAGCCAACUACUACAAGUCACUCCAGUCUAAAUAGACUGAUGGUGUUGUUUGUUUACAGGGCUGGCAAAGUCAGGGACUCUCCCUCCUGAUGGGUUUAUGGCACCCUCAGCAUGGAAGGUGUUAGCCAACUACUACAAGUCACUCCAGUCUAAAUAGACUGAUGGUGUUGUUUGUUUACAGGGCUGGCAAAGUCAGGGACUCUCCCUCCUGAUGGGUUUAUGGCACCCUCAGCAUGGAAGGUGCUAGCCAACUACUACAAGUCACUCCAGUCUAAGUAGACUGCUGUCGUGGUGCUACAUGUGUCUUACGCACAUUCCAUAUCUGAGCAUUUAUACCUGCUUUUCAAUCCUGUUUCGCUAAUUUGCUUUCUAUUAGAGCUGUUUAUUGUCAAUGAUUAUGGGCAGGGAUCAAAUCAGAAAGAAUGUAGCCUACAAAUUUUGCAAGUAAUGUUGCAAAUACUUUUCAAAGUUAAGUGAUUUUUAUGAUUAACCAUGGGAUAAAUAAGUGGUGAUCCGAAUUCACAAUUAAUUAUAAAUUAUUAGUAUUAUGAACAAAAAAAUGUUGAUAUAUAUUCUACUUAAGUAUGUUUAAUGUUCAUACAUGAUCAAAUUUCAUGGAAAUGAUCCAUAAGUUUAAUUUGGUUAAUACAUAAAAAGACUUUCUGCAAGACAUUUUAAAAUAGACAGUCUAGUAUAACAAUAAGUACAUAAUAAUAGUGUUUGGGAAUAACAUAAAAAAGUAUUCACCAUGAAAAUCAAUAAUACGGCAGUCAAUUUAUAAAAAUAUAUUACUUUAAUGAUUUGGAAGUGCAUUGCUGCUGAUCAAAAAUGAUUUUUUAAAUUAUUUUAAGAUGUAUUAACAACUACUUAAACCUUAUAUUUCUUUAAAUGUAUAAAUCAUUAUGUUUAUUAUUACAUAGAACCAGUUUGUUAUGCUUUUAUUUCUAGAACUAUUGGAGUCUGUAAAUUGUUAUUUAUAGGCUUAAUGAUUUAAUCUUGUAUCUUGUAGAAUAAAAAGGAACAGGUCCUAAUUCAGUUAAAUGUUCAGUGGGAAUAGUAAGUUUGAAAAUAAUUCGAGGAAAAAAAAUUAACAGAGAUUUGUAAAAAGUUGAACAAAUGUAAAUUAACAAUCAGAAACAUAUCCUAAAAUUAAAUUUUAUUCAAUCAAUAAAUUUAGUUAUUUAUAUACUAUAUAUUUAUUUUGUAAGAAAUAUAUUUUUUACUAAAUAAUUUUUUAGUUUAUACAUGUAUUUUCUUAUAAACAGAGUGAAACACCGUUGUUUAAUAUCUCUAAGAAUUUUGGUAAUUCUUUUGUAGUUUAAUUUAAGUACGAGAUUUGUAAGAGAAUAUUAAUAGUAGGAAGCAGAAUAUAUUUAAAAUGUUUGUUUUUGCAUUUCAAAUAAAUUAUGAAGGAGUACAACAGAGGAGUGAAGAGCUGAGGAAAUUAUUCUUGAAGUGCUAGUGCACGUUCUAUGUGGAAGGAAGUUUUACCUGUGACAAUAAAUUAUGCAAAGUUCUCCAUGUAAAAGCGGAUAGCUAAUUGUAAUGUUGAACAAUGGAGAAGUUUCUGUUGUGCUUACACCAUUAUCAGUAGAGACUGACCUGAAUCCAGAAAGUAUAUUUAUAAGUAUAUUCAAUCAAUUUAUAUACUGAAAAGUCAAUUUGUUGUUCUCACACAAUUAAACAAAAUUUCAUUGGUUUAAAUGAUGGUGACUAGAUGAUUUUCAUACAAAAAUGAAACAUAAUGAAUUUGUUAACUAUUUUGGGUAUUAUUUAGUCCCUAUAUCCCUUACUCUUUACAAACAGAUAAAUGUAAUGACUCCUCCAAGGAGUAAGGAACAACAUUAAUCUAUUAUAUUAAUCUAGUUAUUUGUAUUUUAUUGUGUUACAUGAGGAAUACAACUGAUAACCUUACAGGGUUAAUUUAUAUUAAUCUUAAAUCCUCCUAUGUGUAAAUAUUUGUUUUUGCUUAAAUUAUGAUUUGUUACAAAUUUGUCUUACCACGUUUGAUCUUGUUUAUGUAUGUUUUGUUUAGUUUAUGUGAUAUUUGUUAAGUUUUAUCUGUCAUAUUUUGAUAAUUUACUUUCCUAUUGAGAAUAAACUCUUCUAUUAUAUUUUAACCCUAAAACUGGUUAUAGUAGUGAAAACUAUAAUGUUUAGUCAAUCAAGCAAGCUAAUCACAUAUUGUAAAGUUACAGAUUAUUUAGGAGUAUGCUUUAUUGGAGGUUUUGUUGAUUCUUUUUGUUAGUUUGUAAUAUUAAUAUUUUUGGUUAGUACUAGAAAUUAUUGAGCAAAUAUAGAAAUAAAGUUGUGUUGGUUUCUCUUAUACACACUAUGUUUUACAUUAUCAUAUUUUAUUACCAUUUUGUUACUGAUUUUUAUAAUUUUCUAAGAAUCAUUGUGUAUAUUGUUUGUAAUUAAUUGGCUUUAAAUUGAUACAUAAAACUGUAUUUUAUCUGUAACAGGCCUAUGUAAAAGUGUUUUAACCUAGUUUCUUACAAUUUAAAGAUAUGGCUGUAAAUUACCCAUUUGUUAUUUGAAUUUUAUUAACAAGAUUUGUACUAUUUGCAAUUACCAUGUCUACAAUUUGUAUAUCUUGGGUGAUUCUAUAAAGGUUUUGUUGACAAGAGUUUUAUUUAAAUUCUUGUAAAACCAUGCCUUUUUAUUUUGUAUUAGAAAACAAUUUUGAAACUAACAUACAAAAGUAUCUUUAGUGAUAAUUAAAAUUAGUACUCUGCCUUAUGCAUCUCAAGCCGGCCAUAAAAGGAAAAUACCCAACAGUAUAUUAAACAAUAGUUUUGUUAAAAACAAAAAAACAAUAGUAUGCAAAAAUAAAUAGAGGAAAAUUUGAUGACAGCAUUUUUAAUUGACAAUAAAGGUUAUGACACAUGACAUGUCAAAAUAACAUAUGUACAAACACUACAUUGUUUAAAUUGUAUACAUUAAUAGUAAAUAUAUUGGAAAUUAUUAACACAAUAAGUGUUGUGAUAGCAAAAAUGCUUGAUUUUUGUAAGAUCUUAUCAUAGUAUAUUUCUAAUUCUCAUAUUCUUGGUUGAUAGUGUCUAUAAAUACAAGAAAAAAAAGUAUUGUUUAUAUUGUUACUUGAAUUAACAUGUAAUGAAAAGUUUACCUAUUUUGUAGAAAAAUGUUUUAAUUUUCUUAUGUGCAAUGUAAAAGGACUGAAUUUUAACAAAUUGAAAUACCAGUUCUAGGGUUAAAUAAAUGGGCACAAUCAUCAUUUUAAAUACGUUAUGGAUAGCUACUUUUAUACAAACCAAUAAUUUUAAUUAUUCUAUUCGUUUAGUAUAAUCAGUUAUUUUAGCUUAUUUUAGUAUAUGCAAAUUGUAUUAUGGUGCAUUGUUAAAAGUAUUAAAAUUAUUGUAUUAAUCAUAUUAAAAAGUUUAAAAAACUUAAACAUAAA